UUACCAAUCAAGUUGAAUAAAUAGUUUCUAACUGCUGCAGUAUUGAAAACAUAUUUAAAUAAAAUAUCUUGAAUAAAUUAAUAUCUCAACUAAAUAUAACAAUUAAACAAAACACAUCUUCCUUAAAAUUUUAAUCAAAAACAAAAAAAAAAAAAAACAACUCCAAUUUGUGAUAUUUUAAAUAUUCUCAAAAAUAUUUACGUAAAAAAAAAGUGAUUCAAGAAAAAAGAACCAAGAGAGAGCGAAAGAGAUAGACUACAAGUAAUACAGAACGAAAGAAAAAGAAGAAACAAGUGCAAAGAACAAGGAGAAAAAAGAACAAUUUGUUUUGACAUUUUUCGAGGUGCUUUGUGUUUGGAGGAAAUCAAAGAAACAGAAGUAGGAAAAAAAUAAUAAAAAAAAAACAGAAAACACUGCGUUGUUUUUUUUUCCGAUAUUCGUCGCAUUUUUCUCCACAAAAAAUUUUAUCAAGAUUAGCAUAGAAUUUGUCAACAAACAACAUCACCUUUUUUGAUUUUAUGAAAGCAAGAAUUUAAUAACACUUUAAAGUAAAAAAAUACACAAAAAAAACUGCAAAAAAGAAACACCCAAUUUUUUUUUUUUGCAUAGAUACUCUCGUUUUCUUGUUAUUUGUUUUUAUCGUGUGUCGUACCCCGAGACACUGCGAGAGAUUCUCUACUGUAAAUUGUUCUUCUCAUCAAUAAAUUGCAUCUUGAAUUUUAUAUAUUAUUAACUUUCUUACACCCUAAUUGCUUUGCUCUGCUUAUCAACACAAGUCGAGGUUCUUGUUAAAUAAGUUCAUUUGGGAUUCAAAGAGUAUCGAAUUUAAAGCAUUGACCUUGACAGAAAACCAAAACCUUAAAUAACAACAAUAAUAAUACCAUCUAGUUUUCUGUACGCAUAUAAAAUUUAACUCGGAAGUAAUUAAAUAAACAAUACAAAACAGCUACAACAUGAGCCUCCUAGGCAGACCAGACAUAGAUUCUGGCGAACUCUUUGUUAAUUUCAAUCAAAAUAUCACAUCUCUGGCUGUAGCUACAAAAUCUGGAUACAGUCUCUAUAGCUUUGGCAGUAUCGAUUCAACUUUAGACAAAAUCUAUAGCUGUCAAUCGGAAGAAAUUUUUCUCAUUGAGCGUCUUUUUGAAAGCUCUUUAGUUGCCAUAGUCUCAUUGAAAGCGCCACGAAAGCUUAAGGUAUGCCAUUUCAAGAAGCAAAGCGAAAUCUGCAAUUACUCAUACUCCAACACCAUUCUGGCAGUUAAACUCAAUCGUGAACGUCUCGUUGUGUGUUUGGAAGAAAGUCUCUACAUUCAUAAUAUUCAAGAUAUGAAAGUUGUUCACACAAUUCGCGAUACCCCAUCCAAUACGACUGGACUAUGUGCUCUCUCCUCAUCAUCCGAUCACUGUUACCUUGCCUAUCCGGGAAGUGUGACUUCAGGAGAAGUUCAAAUAUUCGAUGCCAUUAAUUUGCAUGCCAAAACCAUGAUUCCUGCUCACGAUACGCCAUUGGCAGCCAUUGCAUUUAGUCCAUCGGGUACGGAAAUAGCUACGGCCAGUGAACGUGGCACUGUCAUUCGUGUAUUCUCGUCUCUGGAUGGUAGCAAGCUCUUCGAGUUGCGUCGUGGUCUUAAACGUUGUGUAUCUAUUGCAUCACUUUCAUUUAGCACUUGUUCAGAGUACUUAGUUUCCAGCUCUAAUACUGAGACUGUACAUAUAUUCCGUUUAGAUCGAAGUGUAGCCGAGAAUGAAAGUAAGCAAUCAACUGACGAUUGGAUGGGUUAUACGUUUUUCAGAUUUUUAAGCAAAACCGUUACCAGCUACUUGCCAACACAGGUUACGAAUGUUUUUAGCCAGGGUAGAGCAUUUGCAUCUGUAACAUUACCUGAGGCUGGUGUUAGAAGAAUUUGUGCGAUAGCAACAAUUCAAAAACAAUUAAGACUCAUGGUAGCUUCCCAAGAUGGUUACUUGUAUGUUUAUUCCAUACCUUCAAUUGAGGGUGGUGAGUGUCAACUUAUCAAGAAGCAUGAUCUAAGAAGUGUUGAAAGUUUUGCUGUAGAUGUUAAAGUUGAUAACCCACCUGUAGUAGACGAGACUAAGCCAACCAACCCACCGACUUCCGGUCCUAGUUACGCUUCAGCCGUGAAGGGAGGAGGGGACGUUGAGAGUGCAUAGACCUCGUUUAUCACAUCCACUACGAUUAAUCUAGCGGAUUUUUUCAGCUCUUUAUAAUUUGGUUUUAUUCUUUCUUUU